UCAGUGACGCUGCGGCCGCCUUCGGCCCCGGUUCGAGCGCUCCAGGCGGUAGUGCGGUCGUGCAAUAGGAAGCUGAGGGUGGUGCAAGCUUCCCGUCGGGCACCAGCUACCUGGCCCAGCGCCCUGCCCAGUGCAUUCCUCAGACACCUCUGGGGCCCCCACCUGUGGCCCCCGGAGCCCUCUAACCGCGUCGGCCAUGCCUCUAAACCGCAGUUUGUCCGUGUCCUCACUGCCAGGACUGGAGGAUUGGGACGAUGAAUUCGACCUCGAGAACACAGUGCUCUUUGAGGUGGCCUGGGAGGUGGCCAACAAGGUGGGUGGCAUCUACACGGUGCUGCAGACGAAGGCGAAGGUGACAGGGGAUGAGUGGGGCGACAACUACUACCUGGUGGGACCGUACACGGAGCAGGGCGUGAGGACCCAGGUGGAACUGCUCGAGCCCCCGACCCCAGCCCUGAAGAGGACGCUGGACUCCAUGAACAGCAAGGGCUGCAAGGUGUAUUUCGGGCGCUGGCUGAUCGAGGGGGGCCCCCUGGUGGUGCUCCUCGACGUGGGGGCCUCAGCCUGGGCCCUGGAGCGCUGGAAGGGGGAGCUAUGGGACACGUGCAACAUCGGGGUGCCCUGGUAUGACCGGGAAGGCAACGACGCCGUCCUUUUUGGUUUCCUCACCACCUGGUUCCUGGGUGAGUUCCUGGCCCAGAGCGAGGAGAAACCACAUGUGGUUGCACACUUCCAUGAGUGGUUGGCGGGCAUCGGGCUCUGCCUGUGCCGUGCCCGGCGGCUGCCCGUGGCUACCAUCUUCACGACCCACGCCACGCUGCUGGGGCGAUACCUGUGUGCUGGUGCCGUGGACUUCUACAACAACCUGGAGAAUUUCAACGUGGACAAAGAAGCAGGUGAGAGGCAAAUCUAUCACCGCUACUGCAUGGAGCGGGCAGCAGCCCACUGCGCUCAUGUCUUCACUACCGUGUCCCAGAUUACCGCCAUUGAGGCUCAGCACCUACUCAAAAGGAAACCAGAUAUCGUGACCCCCAAUGGACUGAAUGUGAAGAAAUUCUCUGCCAUGCAUGAGUUCCAGAACCUCCAUGCUCAGAGCAAGGCUCGAAUCCAGGAGUUUGUGCGGGGCCAUUUUUAUGGGCACCUGGACUUCAACUUGGACAAGACCUUGUACUUCUUUAUCGCUGGCCGCUAUGAAUUCUCCAACAAGGGGGCCGAUGUCUUCCUGGAGGCCUUGGCCCGGCUCAACUAUCUGCUCAGAGUGAAUGGCAGCGAGCAGACAGUGGUUGCCUUCUUCAUCAUGCCAGCUCGGACCAACAAUUUCAACGUGGAAACCCUUAAGGGCCAAGCCGUGCGCAAGCAGCUUUGGGAUACGGCCAACACAGUGAAGGAGAAGUUUGGGAGGAAGCUUUAUGAAUCCUUGCUGGUGGGGAGCCUCCCAGACAUGAACAAGAUGCUGGACAAGGAGGACUUCACUAUGAUGAAGAGAGCCAUCUUUGCCACGCAGCGGCAGUCUUUCCCUCCUGUGUGCACCCACAAUAUGCUGGACGACUCCUCAGAUCCUAUUUUGACCACCAUCCGCCGAAUUGGCCUCUUCAAUAGUAGUGCCGACAGGGUCAAGGUGAUUUUUCACCCGGAGUUCCUCUCCUCCACGAGCCCCCUGCUCCCUGUGGACUAUGAGGAGUUUGUCCGCGGCUGCCACCUGGGCGUCUUCCCCUCCUACUAUGAGCCUUGGGGCUACACACCAGCUGAGUGCACGGUUAUGGGUAUCCCCAGUGUCUCCACCAACCUUUCUGGUUUCGGCUGCUUCAUGGAGGAACACAUCGCAGACCCCUCAGCUUACGGCAUCUACAUUCUGGACCGGCGUUUCCGAGGCCUGGAUGAUUCUUGCUCGCAGCUCACCUCCUUCCUCUACAGUUUCUGCCAGCAGAGCCGGCGGCAGCGCAUUAUCCAGCGGAACCGCACGGAGCGCCUCUCCGACCUUCUGGACUGGAAAUACCUAGGCCGGUACUACAUGUCUGCGCGCCACAUGGCGCUGGCCAAGGCCUUUCCAGAACAGUUCACCUACGAGCCCCACGAGGCUGAUGCGACCCAGGGCUACCGCUACCCGCGGCCAGCCUCAGUGCCACCAUCGCCCUCACUGUCGAGACACUCCAGCCCGCACCAGAGCGAGGAUGAGGAGGAGCCCCGGGACGGACCACCCGAUGAAGAUGGCGAGCGCUACGACGAGGACGAGGAGGCUGCCAAGGACCGGCGCAAUAUCCGCGCCCCGGAGUGGCCGCGCCGCGCCUCCUGCACGUCCUCAACCGGCGGGAGCAAGCGCGGCUCGGUGGACACAGCGCCCUCCAGCUCAGUCAGCACCCCCAGCGAGCCCCUCAGCCCCGCCAGCUCCCUGGGCGAGGAGCGCAACUAAGUCCCCUGACCCGCACUCCCCUGCCAACCCUGCCUCCCUUAUCUUGAGGGUGGAUGCAGAAUGGCGCUGUCCCUAAACUCCACUCCAGAUCCCUAGCCCUCUGUGGGGUCCACAGCCCUACCCCCUCCGCCAUACACUCCAGCCCCUCUAGCUCCUCUCUCGAAAUCCCAAACACUCCAGAAUCCUCAACGCCGUGCCUUUCUUGGGUUCCAGAAUGCAUAAUCUGUGCCCUGGAGUCCCCCAGGCCAUCCCAGAGGCCAGGAAUCUGCCAUUAUCCUGCCGUGGUGCCAGAGGUUUUCAGAAACCUGCUCUGUUGCCUUCUAUGCUGGGGCUCCUUGAGCCCCUUGCGGCUUGCUAAUUUUACAGCAUACAGAGCCUGCCAUGCCCAGGCCUGGCCCGGGGCCACCAAGCACUGGAAACCACGUGCAGUCCGUGCUAAUGAGACAAUCAAGUCCAGAGCUGGGGCACUUUCAGGGACUUAAUGCAGGUUAAGUCCAGAACUCGGGCUCCAGGCCAGUGCACUCGUGUUUACUGUGAUUUAGCCCUCCCUGGGGUGUCCGGCUCUGCCUGGAGGAUCCCUCCACCCCUGCUCCCUUCUUCCUCUGCACUUUGGCCAAGCAAGUGGGGGCAGAACCACUUGGUUUCUCAUUCCUACUGGAGAACAAGCUGUCUUGGUCUAGAUGCCUUUCUGGACCAGACCCUACUCCUUCUUCCCUGAGUCUGAACUCUUCCCCAUAUCUCUAAACUCCUGCGCCCUACAGGGAAUCCCUCUGCUGAGGACAACUGGCUGUCUUCCCCAGUACCUGCACACAUAACCCCCAACCGCUAGACCCACCAUGAAACCACUGGAUUCUAGGUCCCAGCUGCCAAAUUUAGAACCUUACCACUUUGCUGCAACCUGGUCCCUUCCCUCUGGUCUAGAACUCAGCCCACUGGAUUCUAGAACCUCCAUAUUUACCUCGAGGCUCUUCCAUCCCUAAGCUGUGCCCUGCCCCCAGCUUUGGUGAAAGGGAGGGGCCCCUCACGUGUGCUGUGCUGUGUCUGCUGCCCUUGGUUUGCAAUUGGGAGGGGGGAGGGCAGAAAGGGUGUGAUUGAAGUGUGUCCAGAGAUGAAAAAAUACAUCUAUAUUUAAGAAUCUCAGGUCUAGUCUGACCGGAGGGCUUGGUGGGCCUCAAUCCUGGCCCCACCCUCCUCUUCCUUCCCUCUUCACCUCUUGAUUCCUCCCUUUGCCCACUGCUGGGUCCCGGUUCUCUUGUCUCAUUCUACUGUCUUAGAGACUUGGAUUGCCACUGGAUUCCAGUGUUAUUUCAAAGGAAGGCAACUCUCUUGUUUUUGACUCGACUUGCAAGUGGCAAAGUUGCCUCAGGCUCUUAAAUUCCUCAGUAGCGCUAGCCAUAUGCAAGGGCUCAACAGCCACUGUGGCCACACGUGGCCCAUGGCUACCCUAUUGGACAGCACAGAUACAGAACACUUCCAUCACUGCAAAAAGUUCUGUUGGACAGCACUGGCUUAGAGCAUGUUUCUAGCACUCUGGAAAAAAAUCUUUUUCUCCUUUCAGUUCUAAUCGUCCCUAGGCUACACGUGCAUCUCUGAAUCGAUCGCUUUUCAGGGGAGUAGAAAGCUCUGAAUUUGGAUGUGUGAUCAUCUCUCUGUUAGCCGCAGUGUUUGUGACACCCGGGUCCCCUCCCCCACCAGUUACCAGCAGGAGAGGCAUGGUGCUGAGCAGCCGUUUCCUCUUAGAUUCAGCUACCAGAAAUAGGAUGGGGUGGGGGGGUCAGAGCUGGCAUCGUUUUAUUGCUUGGACCCAGCAGCUGCUUACAUCAUCUUCAAGCUUCUUCAGUUCCCAUUUGGAUAAUUUCACAUCCCAUUUCUGUCUGUGCUGAGCCCUGAACCCCCUAGCUCAGCACCUCUUUCACAUCAUGUGCCCUCAGCAGCUCAGACCCACUAGCCAGUUUCUACCUAUUAUGUGCCUUGAAUUCCACACCUGUAACAAACAGCCUUUGGAGGUCAGACCUGGGUGUGCCUCCCGGUUACCAUGGGUAAUUUACACAGUUUGUCUCAACUUACCCAUGUGAAGGAGCUCACAUUUCUACUUAGCCUCCCAGAAUUGAGGCAGAGUACUUUCAGAGCUUGGCAAGUGCCUAGCAACAUAACUCAUGUGAACCGGUUUCUCAUUACUGAUCUCCUUAACAGCUGUCUGCUUCCAGCUAGCAACCCCAGGUUUUAUUAGACUCUCCCUGGAGUCUGGGCUCUACCAUCUUAGGAGGGGCAGUUAACAGCCUGGCAAAGCAGAAAACCCACUACAGCAACAUCCCACAGGUGUUAUUAUGUCUUAGAAGUAGAGCGCCAAACUCCUCUCUCCCUGCCAGCCCAAUGCAGCCAGAAGCCUUGUGAAAACAGAUCCCACCUUUUUUCCCAGGAUACACACAUAAAACCACUAGCUGCUGCAAAAAGCUUUAUUGUUUCCAUUUGGUCCAAGGCUUGGGAGAGGGCUCCAGUGUGGUUAACAAGCUGCCUACUGGCUGCAGAGAGGGGCUUCAGGCAGAAGCCCUGACACCAGAGGGGCUCCUCAAAGGCCACUGGGCUCCGGAGGCUCCUAAUCAUGCUUGAGGGUGAGCCUUUCGAAGAGAUACUCGCCCAGCCCAGCCUGGGGACCAGCCAGCCUGCGGAGGUUGGUCAGGUGGUCACCCAUCUUCUUGAUGAGUUUCACCUCCUCAUCUAGGAAGUGGCUCUCCAGGAAGUCGCAGAGCUGAGUGAUAAAAGAGAAAAUGUUGCCACGUACAGAUCUAACAAUGUGACAGAUGGGGGAAGGAGGAUCAGAAGGAAAUCUGCCCAAUCAAAUGAGGCCAAUGCUUCGUAUGUAAGCAUCAUUCCAGGGAAGGUCUCAUAGACAUGACUGGAGAUACUUACGUGGGGGUCUGCGCGGGCACAAGCCAGGGCAUGCAGAUCCAGAAGGGCCUCGUUCAGGUUCUUCUCCAUUUUAAUGGCGGCUUCCAUAGCGUCCUGAGUUUUACCCCACUCAUCUUGAGAUGGCUUCUAUACCGAAAACAAACGGCUCAGUACUAGCCACAUACUCUGGAAAGGACUACAAACUAAUUUUCCAGUAGUUGCGAGAGUAGAGGGCUUAAUCGGAAAAAAACGUCUAAGAGUUUGUAUCUAUCAUUCCCCAGUGUCCUAUAACUACACGUCCCAGGAUACUACACGCUGCGCUCUAGACCGCCACGUCUUGGGAGAACUGGGUGCGCCUCGAUCUCCAGCUGUAAUAACCCACAAAAGACUGAACUCAAUCUCCGAGAGGCCUACGCGGUGCCUAAACCAAUACAGUCAA